UUUGUCACCUUGUUUUUUUCAAAACGAGAAGGAAAAAAACCCGUGUGAAAAGGACACCUCCCAUCUGCUCUCACUUCCUCCAUCGCUUAAAAAGGUCUGAUUGCGGAGCGCCGGCGCUCGUCUGUCCUCCGCACGGUUCCCCCGGCACGUCGGCCCAUUCCUCCUCUUCCGCAGCAGGCAAACUUCAGGUGAACUCCAGCUCGCCAUGUCCAGGAAGGUGGUCCGGUCCAGCAAGUUCCGCCAUGUGUUCGGCCAGGCGGUCAAGGCCGACCAGUGCUACGACGACAUCCGCAUCUCCCAGAAUACCUGGGACAGCACCUUCUGCUCCGUCAACCCCAAGUUUGUGGCCAUGAUCGUGGAAGCCAGCGGCGGAGGGGCCUUCAUGGUGCUGCCGCUGAAUAAGACUGGGCGCAUCGACAUGUCCCAGCCCACGGUGUGUGGCCACAAGGGCCCCAUCCUGGACAUCGAGUGGUGCCCCCACAAUGACAACAUCAUCGCCAGCGGCUCCGAGGACUGCAGCGUCAUGAUCUGGGAGAUCCCAGACGGGGGUCUUACGACCCCCCUGAGGGAGCCGGUGGUGAAGCUCGAAGGGCAUUCCAAGCGUGUGGGCAUCCUUAGCUGGCACCCGACUGCUCGCAACGUGCUGAUGACCGCAGGCUGUGACAACGUGGUGAUCCUGUGGAAUGUGGCGUGCGGUGAGGCUGUUGUCCAGAUUGACGACGUACACACCGACCUCAUCUACAGUGCUUGCUGGAACCAAGACGGCUCACGCAUCCUCACCUCCUGCAAGGACAAGAAGCUGCGUGUGCUGGACCCGCGCAAGGGCACCGUCCUGCUCGAGAAGGACAAGCCCCACGAGGGCCACCGGCCGGUCAGAGCGGUCUUUGUCUCCAGCGAGAAGAUCCUGACCACAGGCUUCAGCCGUAUGAGCGAGAGGCAGGUGGCGCUGUGGGAUCCGGAUAACUUCGCAGAGCCGCUCACCCUGCAAGAGUUGGACACGAGCAGUGGCGUCCUGCUGCCCUUCUUCGACCCUGACACCAGCAUCGUCUACCUCGUUGGCAAGGGGGACAGCAGCAUCCGCUACUUUGAGGUGACAGACGAGGCGCCCUACGUGCACUACUUGUCUAUGUACAGCAGCAAGGAGAGUCAGAAGGGCAUGGGCUACAUGCCCAAGAGGGGCCUGGAGGUCAACAAGUGCGAGAUCGCCAGAUUCUACAAGCUCCAUGAGCGGAAGUGUGAGCCCAUCGUCAUGACGGUACCGCGGAAGUCCGACCUGUUUCAGGAAGACCUGUACCCUGACACGAUCGGUCCGGAGCCUUCGGCGGAGGCGGCCGACUGGUUCGCAGGCAAGGAUGCCAAACCGAUCCUCAUCUCCUUGAAGGAUGGCUUUGUGGCCACCAAGACCAAGGAGUUCAAAGUUCAUAAGAGCCUCAUGAGUACCACGUCAUCCAGCGGCGCACACCGGCAGGGUGACAGUGCGGACGUACAGUCUCUACUGGAUGAGAUUAAGCAACUGAAGACCACGGUGGAGGAGCUGACCCAGCGAGUCAGCAGCCUGGAGAGCAAGAUGUGAGCAACACGGAUGGGGAGGGAGGGAGACUGGGAGAUAGGGAGGGGGACAAGGAUGGGGAGGGAGCUGCAUGGUAAGUUGAGUGAAAACGAGAGUGGAGGGAAAAUGAGAGAGGAGGUGAUUCCGUCUAGCCCCGUCCUUCUGCUUGUCCAUGGGAAAUAUGUGCCAGUAUCUCACGUGACAAAAUUAAUAUUAUGUAGACAUGUUCUGUCUGUGUCUUUGACAUCCUGUGGAUUCCUGCAGUGUUGUAUGCACUUGGGGUUCUAUAAUUUUAUUGAGGAAUUAUUAGUUUAACAAGCUGUGGACAUUUUUAUUUUGGAAAAAGGUUAACAUAUUUUUGAUUAAUUGAAA